AUGUCGCUGAGACCUAACGCAAGGACGGAGGUUCGCCGGAACCGGUACAAAGUUGCGGUGGAUGCGGAGGAGGGACGACGGAGGAGAGAGGACAAUAUGGUUGAGAUUCGUAAAAACAAGCGUGAGGAGAAUCUGAUGAAGAAGAGGCGUGAAGGUAUGCAAGCUUUUCCGGAUUUCCCUCCAUCUGCCACCGCUACUCAUGCCGCCGAUAAGAAGUUGGAGAGUUUGCCGGAUAUGAUCGCUGGGGUUUGGUCGAAUGAUCCUAAUGUACAGCUCGAGUCCACUACUCAAUUCAGGAAGCUUCUGUCUAUAGAGAGAAGUCCUCCUAUUGAGGAAGUGAUUCGUGCUGGUGUUGUGCCUCGGUUUGUUGAGUUUCUUAAGAGGGAGGAUCACCCUCAGCUUCAGUUUGAGGCGGCUUGGGCUCUAACAAACAUUGCAUCUGGAACAUCGGAUCACACAAAGGUUGUCAUCGAUCACGGUGCUGUUCCAAUCUUUGUCCAGCUUCUUGUUUCCCCUAGCGAUGAUGUCCGUGAACAGGCUGUAUGGGCGUUGGGUAAUGUUGCUGGUGAUUCACCACAGUGCCGUGAUCUUGUUCUUGGAUGUGGGGCACUGGGGCCGCUGCUCAACCAGCUUAACGAGCAUGCCAAGUUGUCCAUGCUUAGAAAUGCCACAUGGACCUUGUCAAACUUCUGUCGUGGCAAGCCUCAGCCUCUCUUUGACCAGGUGUCACCCGCUCUUGUGUCCCUUGAACGGCUUAUUCACUCAAACGACGAAGAAGUUUUGACAGAUGCUUGUUGGGCUCUCUCGUACCUCUCCGAUGGGACCAACGACAAAAUCCAGGCUGUCAUCAAUGCCGGUGUUGUCCCAAGGCUUGUUGAACUUCUCCUCCAUCCUUCUCCGUCUGUGCUAAUUCCUGCACUUCGCUCUGUGGGAAAUAUCGUUACUGGAGAUGAUCAACAAACCCAGUGCGUGAUCGAAAGUGGUGCUCUACCUUGUCUUGCCAAUCUUCUCACUCAAAACUAUAAGAAAAGCAUAAAGAAGGAAGCGUGCUGGACAAUUUCAAACAUCACAGCAGGCAACAAAGAACAGAUCCAGAGAGUAGUUGAGGCUAAUUUGAUUGCCCCUUUGAUCAGUCUGCUUCUAAAUGCUGAAUUUGACAUUAAGAAAGAAGCUGCAUGGGCAGUUUCAAAUGCAACUUCAGGUGGUUCUCAUGAUCAACUCAAAUACCUGGUGGAGCAAGGAUGCAUAAAACCAUUAUGCGAUCUCCUGGUGUGCCCAGAUCCAAGAAUCAUAGUAGUCUGCCUUGAAGGAUUGGAAAACAUAUUGAAGGUGGGAGAGUCGGAGAAGAACUUGGGUAACACAGGGGACAUGAACUAUUACGCUCAGCUGAUUGAUGAUGCAGAAGGGCUAGAAAAGAUUGAGAAUCUUCAGAGCCAUGACAACAAUGACAUCUAUGAGAAGGCUGUUAAAAUUCUGGAGACAUACUGGCUUGAAGAGGAUGAUGACGAGACACAACAACCUCCAGGUGUUGAUGGUUCUCAGGCCGGGUUCCAGUUUGGAGGGAACCAAACAUCGGUUCCAUCCGGGGGAUUCAACUUCAGCUGA